AUGGCGACACCAGAUUUCUCGGAUCUCGAGGCGGUGGACGCGGUGCGGCUGACGUGGAACGUGUGGCCGAAUUCCAAGGUGGAAGCGACCAAGUGCGUGGUGCCGUUCGCGGCGGUCUACACGCCCGCGAAGCGCCUGCCCGAGAUGCCCGUGCUUCCGUACGAGCCCAUCCGCUGCAAGUCGUGCCGCUCCGUGCUGAACCCAUUCGCGCGCGUGGACUUCAUCGGCAAGAUGUGGAUCUGCCCUUUCUGCUACCAGCGCAACCACUUUCCACCGCACUACGCGGCGAUCUCGGAGUCGAACCUGCCGGCGGAGCUGUUUCCGCAGUACACGACGAUCGAGUACACGCUGCCCACGGUGGGCCCGCCCGUCAACCCCGUCUUCCUCUUCCUGCUCGACCUGUGCCUCAUAGAGGAGGAGCUGGGCUACCUCAAGACCGCCGUCUCGCAGGCCAUCGGUCUACUCCCUGAGAACGCGCUGCUAGGCUUGAUCACAUACGGCACGCAGGUGCACGUGCACGAGCUGGGCUUCUCCGACUGCCCGAAAAUGUUCAUCUUCCGCGGCACCAAGGACGUGUCCCGCCAGCAGAUCGUUCAACAGCUCGGCCUCUCCGGCCCAGGCGCCGCAGGCGGAGCAGCAGGAGCCGCGGGGGGCGGAGCGGGCGGGGCAGGGGGAGCGGGAGGGGCUGGGGGAGUGGGGGCGGGUGCGGGAGCGGGGGGGAUGCGGGACGGGGUGCCGGCAGCGGGAGUGGCGCGGUUUUUACUCCCGGCGCAGGAGUGUGAGUUCACAGUGGCGACGGUGCUGGAUGAGUUGAGCAGGGACGCGUUCCCUGUGCCGCUGGGGGAGAGGCCUGCCAGGUGCACGGGCACGGCGCUGAGCGUGGCGACGGCGCUGCUGGGCGCGUGUGUUCCCGGCACGGGGGCGAGGAUACUCAGUUUUGUUGGUGGCCCCUGCACGGAAGGGCCUGGCAUGGCUGAUGGGGAGAAUGGAAGGGGUGGGGAGUGGGAGGGAAUGGAGAGAGGAAUGGGAAAGGUGGUGGGGCUUGGCUGUGCCGACAUGUGUCUGUCUGUAUGCCUUUCUGUCUGUCUCCCCACACCCUUCCACCCUCCAUUCUCCCCCUCCGUUUCCCCCUCCCUCCCCCCCCACUCCCCCUCCCUUUCCCUCUCUUCCCCUCCUUUCGCCCCUCCCUUCCCGCCUCCCUUUCCCUUCCAUUCCCUCUCUCUCCCCCUCCCUCCCCCCUUCCUCCCCUCUCUCCCCCCCUCCCUCCCCCCUCCCUCCCCUCUCUCUUCCCCUCCCUCCCCCCCUCCCCCCGCCCUCUAUACAUCCCUCUACCACCCCUUUCCCCCUCUCUUUUCACCCUCGAUUUUGCCCCGCCUUCCCCCUACCUUAUCUAAUCCCUUCGCCUGCUCCGCUCCCUCCCUCCCCAUCCCUUCCCCCAUCUCCCCCUCCCGCCCCCACCCCCACGCACAGAUAGUGGGGCGGGAUCUAUCGGAGCCGAUACGGUCGCACAAGGACCUGGACAAGGACGCAGUGGUGCACUACAGCAAGGCCGUGAAGUUCUAUGACGGGCUCGCCAAGCAGCUCGUCGCCCAGGGCCACGUGCUCGACCUCUUCUCCUCCGCGCUCGACCAGGUGGGUGCCCCUCGCUCGCUCCCCUGUCCCUCCUCUUCUCUCCCGUUUCCUCUGUGCCUCCUCCCCCGUGCCUCUUUCCCUCCUCGUCUCUGCCUCCUCUCUUUCUCCUCGUCCCUGUCUCCUCUCCUCUGCCGUACUGCCUCAAAUAUCCUCGCACACGUAUUCCCUCUAUGCACCAUCUUGUCAUCACCGGAUCACACCCCCUUUCACCCCACUGCCACCUCACUAACCGUUCUUCCACCUUCCUCUCCCCCCUGCUCUCCCCCUCCUCCCUACCCAACUCCGCAUCCCUCCCCUCCCCUCCCGAUCCCCUGUCCUUCCUCCCCCUUUCCCUCCCCCUCAUUUUCUCCCUCUCGCAUCUCUUCUUUGCCCCUCUCGUCCCUCUCUGCCCCACCUCAGGUGGACAUAGCGGAGAUGAAGGUGGCGGUGGAGAAUUCAGGCGGACUGGUGGUGGGCAUAGCGGAGAUGAAGGUGGCGGUGGAGAAGUCAGGCGGGCUGGUCGUGCUAUCGGAGAGCUUUGGCCAUCCAGUAUUUAAGGACUCGCUCAAGAGGGUCUUCGACACCGGCGAUACCUCCCUCGGCCUCUCCUUCAAUGGCAUAUUCGAGGUGCACUGCUCCAAGGACAUCAAGGUGCAGGGGGCCAUCGGGCCCUGCUCCUCGCUUGACAGAAAACGGCCAUUGACAUCAGACGUGGCGGUAGGGCGUGGGAGCUGUGUGGGCUGGACUUAUGACUCGUCUCAAAAGUCCCUCCGCCUCGCCCCCCUCUUCCCCGCCUCUUCCCCCUCUCGUCCGUCCCCUUUCUCGCUGCAGAAAGGGCCAUUGACAUCAGAUGUGGCGAUAGGGCAGGGGCACACAACGGCGUGGAAGCUGUGUGGGCUGGACGUGUGCACUUCCCUCGCAGUGCUCUUUGAGAUCGUGCCGGCACAGCAGCAGCAGGCGCAGCAGCAGGCAGCCGCACAGGGCUUGCAGAACCCUGGAGCACAGCAGUUCCACCUGCAGUUCACCACCUCCUACCAGCACCCGUCGGGGGAGACGCGGUUUCGAGUGACAAGCAUCACGCGGCGGUGGGUGGAGGGCGCGAGCUCAGGCGACCUGGUGGCGGGCUUCGACCAGGAGGCCGCUGCUGCUGUGGUCGCCAGAAUCACCGGCUUUAAGAUGGAGACUGAGGAGACUGCUGCUGCUGUGGUUGCCAGAAUCACGGGAUUCAAGAUGGAGACUGAGGAGGAGUUUGACGCCACGAGGUGGCUGGACCGGCUGCUGAUCCGUGUGUGCAAUAAGUUUGGGGACUACCGCAAGGACGACCCUGCCUCCUUCUGCCUCUCGCCCAACCUCUCGCUCUUCCCGCAGUUCCUCUUCAACCUGCGCCGCUCGCAGUUUGUGCAGGUGCGUGCGUGCGCUUGCCUCUUCAAGUUGCCCAGGCAGGUGUUUGGCAGCAGUCCAGACGAGACGGCGUAUUUCCGAAUGGUGCUCAACAGAGAGAGCGUGCUCAACUCCCUAGUCAUGAUCCAGCCCACGCUGACAGCGUACUCGUUCAACUCGCCGCCAGAGCCGGCGCUGCUGGACGUGGCAGCCAUCGCAGUGGACCGCAUCCUGCUGCUCGAUGCAUUCUUCUCCGUCGUCAUCUUCCAUGGCUCCACCAUUGCUCAGUGGCGCAAUGCUGGUUACCACAACCAACCCGAGCACCAGGCCUUUGCGCAGCUGCUACAGGCGCCGCAAGCGGACGCAGCGGCCAUCAUAGCAGAGCGGUUCCCCGUGCCACGACUCGUGGACUGCGACCAGAAUGGCAGCCAGGCCCGGUUCCUACUGGCGAAGCUGAACCCGUCGGCAACAUACAACAGCGCGUCAGCAGUGCCCGGGGGAGAGGUCAUUCUCACAGAUGACGUAUCACUGCAGGUUUUCAUGGAGCAUCUGCAACGGCUGUCUGUGCAGUCGUAG